AAAUUAUGUUCAGUGUAUAUUUACAUUCCCAUUAAGAUUUUCAGUUAUUUUACAUACUUAUUGGUGGCAAAAUUAUAUAUGAACUGGAUAUGUCAGAGUUAGUGGACUUCCGACUGUUAUCGGUUAAGUAUGUUUCAAAAAUUCUGAACAAAUAUUAUGAAUAAUUACCUUAAUAUGUAUUUUUCUUUCUCUCUUUAUAACUCUUAUGACCGGUAACACCUGGCGCGUCAUAUGCCGAAACCAAGUUGAACUUCAAAGGUUAAGACUCUUUAAUAUUUCUUGGGGAAGGGAGAUAACUCUUGCAGACCGGAAAUGACACGAAAGGGAAAGUAGACCCACGUAACGUUACAUACAAAAGCACGUUUACUAAACUUACAUGUUGAUAACGGAUUUUUUCAGCAAUGAAAUGGCGAAAAUGUAUGGAUCCAAAGUUGGCGAUAUAUAUAUCUGGGAUUUCUGGAUUUUUUUGGAGUGAGUAUGGUGAUCCCCCUGAUAAGUAACCAUGCUAGAGAUUUGGGAGCAUCCCCAACAAUGGCUGGCUUUAUUGGCUCAGUGUAUGGAUGUAUACAGCUUUUCUCUAGCCCAGUGGUGGGGCGCUGGAGUGAUGUAUCAGGGAGGAAGUACUGUCUUCUCUGGUCCCUAUUCUUCUCCGCAUGUGGCUACAUGUCUUUGGGGUUUUCCACAUCGUUAAUUGCUCUUUUCCUGACCCGCAUUCCAUUAGGUUUCUUUAAGCACAGCCAAAGUAUUUGCAAGUCCCUACUAGCAGACAUGUUUCCAACAGACAAGCAGUCUGCUGUUCAUGGCCACUUCAACUCGGUGUCCAGCAUAGGGUUUAUUCUCGGUCCAGUGGUCAGUGGUCACAUUGUGGAGAUGGCUGGAGGAUUCUAUAGUGUUACUUUGUUGUGUGGGGCCAUCUUCAUGCUCAAUGGAGUGUUGGUGUGGUGCUGUUUUCCUGACAUCAAAUCCAAGUCACAUGACCUUGCCAGGGAUGAAUCAUCUACCUCCCUCCAGAAGCUUGGAUCUGAUGAAUUCAACUUUACUCCAAAACAGCUGUUUCAGUUUAAAUCUCUUAAUUGGUCGGCAUUUUGGGAUUUAUUUUUAGUGAGGUUCUGUUUAGGAAUAGCUUUGCUGUUAUUUAGAAGUAAUUUUUCCUUGAUGUUACGAGAAAAGUUUGAAUUGUCUCCAUUAGGUUUAGGUUACAUUAUAUCUUACAGUGGUGUUAUAUCUGCCUUGUGUGGUUUACUGUCUGGGCAUAUCUCUAAACACUACCACAAUGACCAACGUCUGUACAAACACCUCGCAAUACUCAUGACAUUAACAAUGUUUUUCUUUGUCUUCACUUCCACAUUUUGGUGGUAUGUGUUGCUUCUCAUACCUCUGAGCUUUGCCUCGAUGAACCUGAGAGUAGUCGGUACAAGUAUAUUGAUAUCAAGGGGAGGUAAGCAGGAAAUCGGGGCCCUGAUUGGGCUCAGUCAGAGUGUUAUGUCUAUUGCAAGAAUGUUAGCUCCUCUUUUGUCGGGGAUUCUGCUGGAGAUCAGUCCCAGUGGUCCCCCCUUGAUUGGGGCUGGAAUGGCAGCUCUGGCGGUGCUGAUAAUUGGGGUCAAAUGGGGAAUACGUGGGGAACAAAACGGACCUAAACAGGAAUAAAGCCGUAAUAAAUGCUGUAAUUGAAAGUGUACAUUAAUUAUGUCUUCAGGUAAAAUCUGCCUGAUUCUUUGUAGAGCUUACUGGAUAUAUUUUAUUUCAUGUUUUCAUAUAAAUCUUAUUUGAUUUUUAAUGAUUAAUUUUGACAAUUUUUGUUUUAAAUUUAUUGAAAUACAAGUGACUUGUUUUAAUAUUUAUGGUGCUGGAGUAGACUGGUGUGAUGCUGUUUGUGUCGAGGGAUUUUUUUACCAGUUGAAGGCUGAGACAGAUGACCUAUGACAAUCCAUCUCCUGCUGUCAUACUCAUUCAACAUUUUACAUUUUGAAGUUGAAAUUGAAUCUUAUUUCAAACUAAUACUCUAGUUUAACUAAACUUAAAGGAAAUUUAAAAACAGUGCUCGGUAAAUCAUCUUACCUAACAAUAACAACCUUAAAGGUUGAAAAAUGCCUACCAAUAUAUUUCUGGAAAUUUCCUCUUCACAUAACAGUAUAUGUAUGUAUACCUGUACGGUUCUCCAGUCACUGCUCAAUUGUUAGUCACAUAUAUUCGUAUAAAAUGUAAAUACCUUUUCUACAUUCCAUUUGUGUGAAAAUGUAUUGGUUAUGAAGAAGUAUCUAUGCACUGUAAUAGUGGAAUUUUUAAUGUUUACAUGUUUAGUAAACAGAACAGCAACACUAUCAGUACAAGUAGAAUUGAGCACCACACUGAAGAUCCCACUAACCCUGAAGUCGUUGUUGGCUGUAUUUGAAUGUUUGAUAUCAGUACAAGGUGUAUGACCAGUAUGAUAUGUAAUUUAUAGACUUUUGUGAGUUGUGUACUGUGAUAGGUAUCAGUAUAUGUAUUAAGUAUAUUCUUUUUCCUUGUAAAUUAAUUCCCUGUUGAAAUGCAGUAUUAUCUGUUGUUAACAUAAAUGUGUGAUAAAACAGCUUUAAACUGUUUUAAAUCAUGUCUUGCCUGAAAGGCAUAUCCAAAUUUAAUCCCGCAUGUUACAGAGUGGGAGUAGAUCGGGAGCCGAUACCAUCCACACCAGUAGAUGAAGUUGAAGAUGUCUCAAUACUAGUUUCAAACUAAUAGUAUGAUGACAACAUCAGUGUGGUUACAAUAUGGAUCUUUAAGGCUGUAUGUUACCUUACUAUGUUGUAAUGUGUAAGAUAUUGCAUCAAUCAUUUUGACAUGUACAACUUAUAGCAUCUUCUCACUUUAGUUGUUGUGCAAUAGGUACUGCAUUUUGUCUCGAUCUCACAAACUGAGGAUUUUAAUGUUUUCAAGAUUCCUGUUGUAUGAUAGAAAUUUUAGCAUGUUGGACUUUUUGUUGGCACAAGUAUUUUUUCAACAAAAUAAUGUAUAUCCAAUUGUAUCGAUAUUUCAAAUACAUGUACACUUUGAAAAUACAUGUAAGUACAUAAGAUAUACUAGAAGCUGUUUACAUACUGUGCUAGAAGCUUUUUAAGGAACAGGGCUUUUUUUCACUACUUUGGGAAUGGGGCCUUUGGCUUUCAGGGAUUGGGAAAAAAUGUGCAGCAACAGGUAAAUUGGAAAAAAAUGGACGGAAUGGUGAAAAUAACAAGUAGACACAAAUAUGGAUCUAUGCUAUAUUUAUUUAGACUCUAGAGCAUUAUCUCCCUUUAUCAGGCCAGAAUAACCAAUAAAACGUUGACGGGACGGCACCAUCCCGAUUUUU